AAAAUCAUAACACAAAAGGACAAGAAGGCAAGAGAGAGAAUUAAUCGUCUCAGAGAGUUCACUGGCAAGUGCUCGAUGAAAAGAGGAGGAUGAAGUUGUUCGGCGAUAGUGAAGUGAGGGGAGCAAUGACGAGUAGCUGAGAAGAGGCCGAAGAGGCACACCAAUAUAAUCAUAAGUCUUUUUAGAUAAAUAAUUGAUGGUGAGGGUUAACCCCACUCUGCAGAAUUCACCAGCCGUAAAUACAGAUAGAAACGAGAAUAAAAUACAGUUACAUACAUCGCGUGUGAGUGUGACAUUAAGAAGCAUACAUGUGUUUGGUAGGGUAGGUAGGGGCUAGCAGGAAGUUGUGUGUUAGAUUGGUCUUGUAUUGGUAUUAAAGUUGGUGUCUGGGCUUUUAUCGCUGGCCCGUUGGGUUGACGGCAGUGCACGGCUGGUGACGGGGCGAACUGUUGUAUUGUGGCUUGUGGCGCGUUUACGUGCGCCCGAGCCUCAAACACUCGUCAAAAUGCCAAUUAUUAAAAUCGCUAUGAAUUUUCAACACUCACGUUGUAUCGUUUUGUUAUUACUCUGUGGUGUCUUGUUGCCUAAAACCGUGUUAACUGAGGAUGACUUAGCUACGAGAAUGAGAGCUAUCAGCAUGGAUUUGGAUCGGCAAUUACAGGAGAUGAUGGCAUCCCAAGCUGUUGAAUUUUCAUUUGUUAAUACAACUGGAUUGCCGUACAAUGCAACAACCAAGUUCAAUCCCAAGGGCAUGGGACAGCUGUACAAUGUCACUAAUAUAUUUAUUGAUAUUGUACAGUCGAAGCAGGCAUAUCCGGAGGGUAUGAUAACGGUAAACAGUGGACGUUUGGAGUUUGCUGAUCCUGCCAAAGAGUGGAAAAUUAUUGUGACUCAUUAUGGAGGACUAGCAGGACUCGCUGUUGCCGGCCUCAUACUUGCUGCAAUACUGCCGUGUGUUGGAUUAUUUUUUUGCUGCUGCCGUUGUGCUGGACAUUGUGGUGCAAGAAGUCAACCGUUUGAUAAAAAACAUGAUCACUGCCGAAAAGUCUUUCUCAGCUUUAUCCUCAUCUGCGUUGCUACAAUCAUACUAUUUGGCGUUGUAUGUGCAUUUGUCACUAAUGAAUACAUGCAAGAAGGUACAGAAGAUCUGCCGAGCCAAGCGAAAACAAGUUUACAGGAUUUGGAAUUGUAUCUAACAACGACAAAGAUGCAAAUAAAUACUCUCCUAAAGGAGAAUUACAACGAACUCGAGAUAACUCUAAAUAAAAUACUCCAGGCUAGCGGUAGAAUAGUAAUGGAAGAGCUUGCUAUUUAUUCCCAUGCCGUCUCAUUAACGAAUUUGAAUGACAUUGUCUCUGGGUUGGAUACAAUAAGACAGGACUUGAGAAUGAUGAAUCAAAUAACCCAGGAGUUGAGAAUGAAUGCCAGUCAACUAGAUAUCGUAGUGAGGGGGGUGAAAAAAGAUUUGCUGCACAGUUUAGCUGCAUGUAAAACUCAUGCGUGUGAGCAGGUAUUGCAGGACUACAAAGUUAAUCAAUUGUCGGUGCAAGUGGAAUUCGAUAAGUACGUGGAUCAAUACUUCCCCAAGCUUCCAGAUGUUACAUUUGCUCUACGUAACAUAACAUCGUUAAUGGAAGGCAAUAUUGUCUCCGAGGUUCGCCAGGGUAAGGAAUCCUUCCUGAGGAUUCAACGGGACAUUCAACGUGCCGUCAACCAGACAAUUCCAAUCGUUAGUACAAGUAUAAGGAAGGCUGGCCAAUCAUUAUCAGAAACUGCAAGUAACAUGACAAGUAUAAUUGACAGGAUUAAUCGAGAUAUAAAAAGAGUGUACAUUCCUCACUUGAAAUUAGCCCAGGACCACAUAGAUCAAUACUCAAUGUACAGAUAUUACGUGGGGCUCGGUGUGUCGGGAAUUUUAUUGACAGUUUUCAUGUGCCUGACGUUUGGACUUUGCUGUGGAAUUUGUGGAAAACGUCCAGAUGGAUAUGGCGAUGACUGCUGCAAUAAAGGCUCAGGGGCAAGAUUCCUGAUGCUGGCUGUUUGGAUAAUAUUUUUACUCACGAGUGCCCUCAUGAUUAUCACCUCGGUGCAUAUGAUAACAGGUGUUGUGGCACAGAGAGGUAUAUGUGAGCCAUUGAAAAAUCCUCGUGACAAUCGCAUGUUCCAAUUGGCUGACGAUUUGAUACAAGUUAAAAGCUUACUCUAUCCGAAGAAUCCGGAGGCUGACAUCAACAUGAGCUGGAUUCUCACUAAAUGCCAUGCCAAUGAGACACUCUACAAAGUACUAAAAUUGGAAUAUCUUAUUGAACUGGAUUCACUGAGAAGUUACGUUGAGCGUUACGCUAUUAGCAGUACCAUAGACGAGUUACGCAAAAUGAUUAAUUUGAAACCGGGAAUAGUUAUCUUGACUGAUAGUGCAACCGCUAAAUUAAAUGAUUUGGCGCAGAGUGGAUUGAGUGAUAUUAGAUUUUAUCAGUAUGCUGAACUCUUAAAAGAUAAUAUAACGAGUAUUAAUUUGGAACAACUUGGUAAUAAGUUGAGGCAAGUGUCUGCUGAAUUGCCAGCGGAUCAUGACGAUAUAAAGGAUAGUUUGAUUAAAAAUGCUCACGACUUGGAGCAUUAUCAUAAGGAUUUAGUAAUGCCAAUGACGUUACUCAGCGAACAGCUCACUAAAAAUGCCAUGACGCUCGAGGAGCAUAUUAAGUUUAACCAUAGCUCCAUGUCUGAGGCUAUUCUCAGCUUGGUACAUGAGGUCAUGAGUGCACAAAAAUUUCUCAAUAAAGAUGGUCCGGAAUACGUUAAUUAUCUUGCUACAAAGUUUGGCGAGACUUUUCUACGUCAAGUCAAUGAUUUCUUGGAACAUCUAAUUUUGAAUUCGAGAGAAACAAUUGGUAGAUGUGGACCAGUGUCUAACGCUUAUAAUGCCACUAUUGUGGCUGGGUGCAACAAAAUUCUCGACCCCUUCAAUGGAUUUUGGGCUAGUGUCGGCUGGUGCCUAAUUCUCUUUAUCCCUACUAUCGUUCUCUGCGUAAAACUCAGUGCUCUGUACCAAAAAUCUGAUCCAUACCCAGGACCCCUUGUUGAAUCAGAAUAUUUAUAUGACGCAUAUGCCGACAGGGAUAACAUGCCUCUAGCUCAUGUUCACGAUAAGAAACAUAAUGCACAUAGCAGACAUCAUCCUUCUGCUUAUGUGGAAAGUUAUGAUGGCCCAGCAGCUGCUGCAGGGGUCUACAGUGGGAGAGAAAGAGUUGCUGAGGCUCAUCAAGGUUCAUCUCACCAUGACUCCAGAUAUUCUGAUCUUGCACCGAAUUUCGCCCGUUCAUGGCAACGCCAUGAUCGUGUUGCGACCUCAAAACCUGAAAGUCCAAAUAAAGUCUAUAGUAUCCCGCUAGAGUCGCAAAAUUGGGAUUUUCCAAAUGGCGGGCCACCAAGGUAUCAGCCGCCGGCUGGUGCUCCACCAUUAAGCACUGAAUAUGAACGUCCACCUCCUUAUUACUAUCCAGGCCCUGGGGAUAGGAAUUAGGAAACAAGUGCCGUGGCAUACGCAAAAUAUGCAUUUAGUAGCGCACCGAGUUACAGCCUGACUCAGAGUUACAAACGAUCAAACAAAAAGAAACCGAUGAAAUUAUCAAACAAAAGGGACUACGUUUGAAGAUGUUUGUUUGGUUUCCUUGAAGAAUCUGGUGUGCCACGGGCCGCUUCGUAUCUACAAAAAUAAUCAACAUAACAGUUAUUUUACAAAUGUUGAAGGUACAUUACACAAGAGACUGAAGUUAUGCGACAUAACCGAGUGUGAAUAAUUUGACUUGAGUGACCAAUUUGCUGCGAAUUUUCGUGCUACUUCGAUUCACGUAAUUAUUGAAUGCUCAUCGGCAAUGUCAAGUUUUUUUGUGGCAAUUUGAGUAAUAUCUCGGUUUAUUCUAGAUGCCGUAAUUAUUAUUUUGUCAUAUCCCGUGUCAUUUUUCUUUGUGUACAAAUCUGUGCGAAAGAAUAUCGUUUUUUCGCUCAACAUUCUUCGAAUAAUUGGCAAUUAAUGAGUGAAGUAAUUGAAAACCCUCUGACAAUGAUUCACAUCAAUUUAUCUGAUGUAUUUAUAACUUUUUUUUACAACGCAUUUGACUACAUACCGAGUUGUCAAGUAUUUGGUAUGCAUUAAAAUGAUGCAUCUUUUGAGAUGUGAUAUUUAAAUAAUAAUAUUAGUUGAUUAAUUAAUAAUACUGGAAAAUUUACGUCAGUGUGACGCCAAAACCAAUAUGCCAAAUGAACAAUACUCAACAAGUGUUCAAUGAGAGGCAUGAGACUACUGUCUCCACUAAAACGUCUUAAUUUGUAUUGUUUUUUUAUUAGUAAAAUUCUGAUAUCAAUGGCGAAUUACCCACAGAUUAAUCGUAGUUUGGUUGUGCCACUGCUUUAAGUUUAUUUGCUGUUAUCGGGCUCAAGUUGUCAGUUCUUUUCCUAUCCGGAAUGAAAAUUUGAAGGGACCGACGACUUGUGAACGACGUGACGUUUCAUUUGUCAAUUUAAAUAAAUUCGCUAACGAUUAAAUUCUAAAAAUCUAAGUAUGAAAAAAAAAUGAAAAAAAUUUUAAUGUGAUGAUUAAUUGAUCUUUCUGAAACUGAUAAACUUUCAUGCUCAUUUUCGAACAAAAUAUUAUUAUAAGUAUGCUAUUAUACAUGAAUUGAAUAAAAAAAACUCUAUAUACAUAAACAUGUAUAUUAAAAUCAUUAUUUACGAUACGACCGACGGAACAAUACUAGUUACGCCGGGUAAUUCAAAGGUCCCGGUCACAAACACAAGUGGAGAAUGAUGUGGAUCUUUCACCCAAUCAAUCCACUCUGAUCUGCCUCCCACUGAUCUCUAACUGUUAUAUCAAUAUCAGCUUGAAUCUAUACCGAGACGAAUGUAAUUAAACUAUUAAUCGCAGAGGAAAAUUUCUUCCCAAGAAGAGAAUAGAAAAAAUUACGGAAUGUAGAAUGUUCGUGGUGCUAUUUUUUAUACGUGCACUUUCUGCUAAAUUUCAUAUAAAUAUUACAAAAAAAAAAAUAGAGAACGUGUCUCUGUAGGUAAAUUUCUCUAAUGCCUGUUAUCUUGCAGGAAAUUCAUCCUUGGGAAUGCUAAACCAAGUAUUUCAAUAUAACAUGUGUCAUUCUUCUGUCCGCGAUGUAAUAUACAUAACGUUCACAGAAUUUACGAAAUCCAGCUCAUUCAAAGCUCAGCUGGAAAAAAAAGAAACCGACAGAA